AUGGAAGUGUCUAGCAGUCUGCAGUGGCUCAGAGAAAAAAAUACCGAAUGUGAUCCAUGGAGAAGUCUGGUAGCUUUUCUUCGUGUCAUACAUUUACACAAGCUAACAUAUAUUCCAAAUCUGGAAGAAAAGAGAUGUUAUCCCUUGAUAGAUGUGCUGUCCAUUUUCAAGCAGCUGCAUAAGACCAGAAAAUCUGUAUUUAAUGGAGACACAUAUGCACUAGGAGUUGUUAGAGAGAAAAUAAAUGAAGAAUUCAAAAGCAAUAAAGAUGUAGAUGAUACUCAGAAGAUUGAAGAGCUUCUUACUCUAGCAGAGAGUACUGAACAUGCCCUAAGAACAAUGGUUGUCCAAGCAGAAUAUAAUCCAGAUACUGGAAAUUACAGGGCGAAUGUCACUAAAGACACACAGCUAUUUGAUAAUAAACCAUUCGAUCCAAACGCAGAUUUACCUAAGAGGAAAAGAAGACCAAAAUGUGAUGAUAAAGUGUCAUGAAUUGGAACUAAUAACUGUAUAUACAUUUAGUUAAUGAAAAUAAAAUGUUAAUUAUUGAA